CAGCAUGGGUCGAGUGAGAAAGAUGUACUAAAUAAAGAUUGAUUGGCUGCAAUCCUUUGGGGGACUCCCACUUGUCAGUGACCUGGGGUUGGGGGAGAUGAAUGUCUGCUUGACUGGGCCCCUGCAUUUCCUCCAUUAUUCUCUGCAUGGGAUGAAGCAUUGUUAACUCAAAGCAAGAAAUGUGCUGAAUCCUUAGUAACGGCAGACUGAGCAGUCACAGGGAUUCUCAGAUAGCAGUGUCGCACAUGAGGCUUUCAAACUUAAAAAGCCAUUGCUAUCAUUAUGGUUGGCUUGUUUGGACUACUGCAGGACGAGGCUCCAACCUGGAGAGGAUUGUCUGUUUGGCGCUGCAUUGAUUAAGCUCUUUUUUGCAAAGAUGGCAGUGUGCCAGGUAAAAAAGAACGGGACCCACAUGUCAGUGGUCUAGGAUGGCCAGUGAAGGCUCCAACAUCCCAAGUCCUGUCGUGCGUCAGAUUGACAAACAGUUUCUGAUCUGCAGCAUAUGCCUGGACCGUUACAAGAACCCCAAGGUACUCCCCUGUCUGCAUACUUUCUGUGAGAGGUGCCUACAGAAUUACAUUCCUGCCCACAGCUUAACCCUUUCUUGUCCAGUGUGCCGCCAGACCUCCAUCCUGCCAGAGAAAGGGGUUUCUGCACUUCAGAAUAACUUCUUCAUCACCAACCUAAUGGAUGUCCUGCAGAGAACACCAGACAACAGCAUUGAGGAGUCUGCCAUCUUGGAGACAGUCACAGCUGUUGCUGCUGGGAAACCUCUCACGUGCCCCAAUCAUGAAGGAAAUCUGAUGGAAUUUUAUUGCCAGUCUUGUGAGACAGCCAUGUGCAGGGAAUGUACAGAAGGAGAGCAUGCAGAGCAUCCAACAGUACCUCUCAAAGAUGUAGUAGAACAGCAUAAGGCUUCACUUCAGACUCAGUUAGAUGCUGUCAACAAAAGGCUUCCAGAGAUAGAUUCUGCACUUCAUUUCAUAUCAGAAAUAAUACAUCAGUUGACCAAUCAAAAAACGAACAUCGUAGAUGAAAUUCAUUCCACUUUUGAUGAACUCCAGAAGACAUUAAAUGUUCGCAAGAGUGUGCUUCUUAUGGAACUGGAAGUGAAUUAUGGCCUUAAACAUAAAGUCCUGCAAACUCAGCUUGACACUUUAUUGGAAGGACAGGAAAAUAUUAAGAGUUGCAGUAACUUUACUGCCCAGGCACUCAAUCAUGGAACAGAAACUGAAGUCUUACUGGUUAAGAAGCAAAUGAGUGACAAGCUGAAUGACCUAUCUGUACGAGACUUCCCGCUGCAGCCCCGUGAAAAUGAUCAGUUAGACUUCAUAGUGGAAACAGAAGGGUUGAAGAAGUCCAUUCAUAACCUUGGUACUAUUUUAACUACAAAUGCUGUUGCCUCAGAAACGGUGGCCACCGGUGAAGGACUGAGGCAGACUGUAAUCGGACAGCCUAUGUCAGUCACCAUCACAACCAAGGACAAGGAUGGUGAACUCUGUAAAACUGGAAAUGCUUACCUCACUGCUGAGCUGAGUACCCCUGAUGGAAGUGUAGCAGAUGGAGAAAUACUUGACAAUAAAAAUGGCACUUAUGAAUUUUUGUACACUGUCCAAAAGGAGGGGGACAUCACCCUCUCAUUGAGACUGUAUGAUCAACAUAUUAGGGGCAGCCCCUUCAAACUCAAGGUGAUCAAGUCAGCAGAUGUAUCUCCUACCACUGAAGGUGUUAAGAGGCGUGUGAAGUCUCCUGGCAGUGGCCAUGUGAAGCAGAAAGCAGUAAAAAGACCAGCCAGUAUGUACAGCACAGGCAAAAGGAAAGAGAACCCCAUUGAAGAUGACCUAAUCUUCCGAGUAGGUACCAAAGGCAGAAACAAAGGAGAAUUUACAAAUCUUCAGGGAGUUGCUGCAUCUACAAAUGGAAAAAUAUUAAUUGCAGACAGCAAUAACCAGUGUGUACAGCUAUUUUCCACUGAUGGUCAGUUCAAGAGUCGUUUCGGUAUCCGGGGAAGAUCUCCUGGCCAGUUACAGCGGCCCACAGGAGUGGCUGUGCAUCCCUGUGGUGACAUUAUUAUUGCUGAUUAUGAUAAUAAAUGGGUUAGCAUCUUCUCCUCGGAUGGAAAAUUUAAGACAAAAAUUGGAUCAGGAAAACUUAUGGGACCAAAAGGUGUUUCGGUGGAUCGCAAUGGACACAUCAUUGUUGUGGACAACAAAGCAUGCUGUGUGUUUAUCUUCCAGCCAAAUGGGAAAAUAGUAACCAGGUUUGGAAGUCGAGGCAACGGAGAUAAGCAGUUUGCAGGCCCUCAUUUUGCAGCUGUCAACCACAACAAUGAAAUUAUUAUUACAGAUUUUCACAAUCACUCUGUCAAGGUAUUUAACCAGGAGGGUGAAUUCAUGCUGAAGUUUGGGUCUAAUGGAGAAGGAAAUGGGCAGUUUAAUGCACCAACAGGAGUAGCUGUGGAUUCAAAUGGAAAUAUUAUUGUAGCUGAUUGGGGAAACAGUCGAAUACAGGUUUUUGAUGGAAGCGGAUCUUUUCUAUCCUAUAUAAAUACAUCUGCUGAUCCACUUUACGGCCCCCAAGGCUUGGCCCUAACUUCUGAUGGCCAUGUUGUAGUUGCUGACUCUGGCAAUCACUGUUUCAAAGUCUACCGAUACUUACAGUAGCAGUUGGGUCGUACUUAAGAAGUUACUAGUCUAUGAGGGCCAAUGUAGAUCUUUUUGUGUAGGAUGUCUACUUUAAAUAUUUCAAUUUUAAUACAGAAGGAGUUUUCACUUUUCUGUUUUAUUUCCAAACCUACCUUGUUUACAUAGGACUUGCACCUCACAUGUCCCGCACUGAACUCAUCCUAAGGAUUAAUUAAUAAAUAAGGCCCUCUCUUUUUUCCUGAAUUCAUGAAGACCGUGGAAUAAUAGACAUGUGAACUGUGGCUUGUAGAUCAGGCAUUUAUGUAAUCGACCAAUUUUUUUCUGUGAGGGAGGGGGAACAGUGAAAUGAUUUAAAGGGGUUUAUUUAACAUGUGAAUGGGGAGCGUUUGUUUAAAGCUUCCGAAUUUGAAAACUGUUACUGUUAAACAUUAUUUAUCCCAGCAGGAAGUCUGGGAGUCUUUUAAACCAUGUUGUUAUAGUAGGUAUUACAUUUGUUACAUUCUUCUGUCUUAGCAACUGUAGUAAGUAGUUUCUUUUAGUAAUAAAGAUAUAUGGUCACGUCAUUUGGAAACCUUCCUGUUCUAGCUGUCCAACCUAGCUAGCAACCUAACAGUUUAACUUUUAGCACUACAAGAAUCAAUGCAACCUUCCUGUCCAAUGUGGGAUUAAUGUACAUAUAUAUAUCAGCUUCCCUACUGCUCAUUGUGUUGUAUUUUUUAGACUCCUGAAGCUUCUGUGGAAAUACAGUGUAAUAAGGAAAUGUCACUGCAGAAUGUAGAAUGCCCCUCCCAUGGUUUUCAAAAGCAGUCCCAUUUUCACACAGGAUAAAAAGCCACCAGGUUCUCCACCAGAGGACCUACCUUGAACAACCAAAGGAUUAUUGGAGGUUGACAAAGGGUUUUUUUGGGAAGGGUGUGUGUGUAAUAACCACAAGUUACCAAAGCAGGGGUGGUGGUUGUUUUUAAAAAUAAAACUCCAAAGUCAGCUAUGAACAAUAAAUGAAUUUUGCCACAAAUCUUUAAUACUUAGGGAGUUGUCAGUUGGGACUAAAUGAUUAUUCAAAACAGUUCAUAAUUUUCUCCCACCAAAAAUAAGAAAUACAUGUAGAUUAUCUGAGCAUCAUUGUUGCAGGAAGAGAAUAUUCUAUAUUCUCUCCCCCCCUCCCCCCGUUUUCCAAACACAUAGGUGAAAAGAGGAUCAAUCAACUUAAAAACUCUGGGAACCAUAUACAUUCUGACAAGAGGUUCUCUCCCACCCCCCGCCAACAAUAACUUAUGUCUAUUAAGGUUAAGGAGCAUACAUACAUUUUUAUACACAUAAAAUAAAGUGAAAAAAUACACAUGCUAGUUAUGUGGGAUCAUAUACUGCCUCCAACUUUGUACAAGAGGACAACUUGGUCAGCAUGGUUUCUGUAGCUAAAACAAUCUUGCAUUUCUUUUUUGUUUUGGCUUUGCUCAGUUAGGUUGGCAUCUUAAUAUCUAUCAUCCUACAGAAUGGAAGGUGAUUUGUUUUUGUACUAUUUCAGUUCAUCUCCACCUUAAGUUUGGGCGGAGCCCAAUAUUUUGCUUCAAACCAUCUUUAAUGAGUCCAAUAAGAUAAUUGUCCAGCUGGCCCAUAACACAUUAGCUGGAAAAUUGGUACAUUGUAUUUAAUUAAAGCACCAGAAUUGAUUUUUUUCAUGCUUUAACUGUUUCUCUGAUAGACUAACAGAGUAGCCAUACUGUAAAAUUACUUUCUUAAAAUGAAUCUAAUGUUUUUAGAUGAAUAAAGAAAUAUCUGCCAAGACAAUAGUCACUAGACAUCUUGGUCACCGAACCACCUUUAAAGAUAUUUAAAUGUUUUGAGAAAAGGGAUGUCCUAUUUAUCAUUUUAGAUGUAUUUAUUGAAUAUGUAAACAGCAGCAAAAACUUUUAAGCUGUCUAGUAAUUGUAUAAUGUUAAGGAACUCACACUCUGUUAAGUGUAUUGUUACUGCUGACUAAAUUCAGCACAAAUUGUUAACCAGUCCAGUUUAUGCUUGUGAUGCUUUUGAACUUUUAAUAUUUUCAGGAAUUAAAAAUAGUGAAUUAACGCACUCACGGUACAGUCCUAAAACUGAGAUAUACCUUUGUAAGCCUACUGACUUCAAAUUAAGGGUAAAACUUUGUAUUGACCGUGACCUUAGGAAGGAUUAGGAGCACUAUGCUUUUAUGCACUCCGGCACAUUUCAGUGCACCAUGAGUAACAGCAGUUUCCAGUGAUUUAUGUAAAGGAAAUAUAAAAACCUAAAUUGUAUGAACUGACAUCUGGAGAGACCAUUUCAUGCAUGCAGUCAGUCAUGUCUGUGCAUUCCUCAAUUUUUUUAAAGUAAUCGCUUCUUAAAUGAAUAAGUAACAGCACUGCUAUAUUAACUAUACUGCCUUCACUCAGAUUUGAAUUAUUGCUUCUUUUGGGUGGCUGUUGUGGGUUGUCUGUGCUUUGUGGCCGUGGUCUGGUAGUUUUAGCUCCUAACGUUUCACCCAUAUCGACAGCUGGCCUCUUCAGAGGCAUGUUACAGGCCCUUUCCACAUAAAUCUCCUGGGCCAGAGUUCGACACCUCUGUCCUAAACCAUUUGUAAAAUGUUUUCAGUCCCUUCCCUUUUUGUCCCUUCCCUUGUUGUUCCCUUUCAGUCCCUUCCCUUUUUGUUCCCUUUUGUUCACAUUCACCCCCUUGAAACAAUUCCUGGCCACCAUUACAUGAUUUUUUCCCCUUUUUAAAAUUCUGUGUUGAAUUGAUAUUUCAAUCCUUGACCGCCUUGUGUUUCAUUCUGUACUGAUUGUAUGUAUACUCGAUGCUUCGAAGAUAUCCCCCUCCCCCCGAAUAAAAGAAUAAACAGAGAAAUGCUGCAGAGAAACAGGCAAGGUGGAACUGAGCGAGCUCAGAAAAUGGCAUUGAGGAGGAAGUUCGGGGAAGCAGAGAAGCUUGGGAAACAUGGGCACCAGAUCGCAUAGUAACCGAAGACGUUUUCAAAACAUUUCAGCCAGAGAAUGAUUUUAAAAGAGGAUUCAUUAAAAACAAUUAGAGGUUGGGAAUAAAAUGUUUUGGAGCAAAAGGAAUGCAGAACUCUGUGGAGGUAAUGUUUUAUUUCCUGCCUCAAAAUGUUUUAAAUGAGUUGUGCAGAUGUGUUUUAUGGGAAGAAACAAAUCUUACUAUUACAUGCUUCUGAAGAUGCCAUUCUCAUAUGCAGGUGAAACAUUCGGAGUUAAAAUUACCAGGCCAUGGCCAUGCUGCCUGGAAAACCCACAACAGCCCAUUGAUCCUGGCGGUGAAAGUCUUUGACAGUAUAUUGCUUUUUUCCCUUUACAACCAAUGAUAACAUGUUAAGGGUGAUGUGGCCUUCUCUCAAAUACUUUUAGAUCCUGGUUCUUCCUUGUUGAAUUGUUAAGAAUUUGUAAAACUGAUACAGUAUUGCAUGUUACAGUAAACUGGUGCUAGUUUGGAGCCCGGAUGAAUGGCUGAUCUUUGAAAGCUCAGCAGUAGGGCAAAAACAUGGAGAUGAAGAUCAGUAUCUACAUUCAUCUAUAAAAUGCAACUGGCAGGCUCAUACAGCCUCAAUUUGCCUUGGGGCUAAGCAAAAAGGAAGAGGGGGUUUAAGCCAGAAUUUGUAUUAUUUCCCUAUCAUUAAAACUAGAUUCCCUGCUAACAACAGUGCUGGUUUCAAUAAUUAAACUGAGUGACAUAAUUAAACCUCUUCUCGGCAUGGUUCUGAAGCAAACUGAGGCUCAAUAAGGCAAUAGUUUGCAUUUCACAUACUGUCAAAGAUGUGUGAUUUCAUCAAGUUAAUUUGCUUUUAACAAGCAGCAUUUGAAAUCUAAUGAGCAACAAUUGGGUUACAGGCUAUAGCCGUUGCAUAACAGUAGUUCUUUUGGGGGGGAAACAUUUUUAUUUUGGUCCAAACCAGCAAUUACAACAAUUAGGAUGUUUGCCUUAAUAUAUAAGAUUAUAUACAUGCAGGUUACAUCCAAACUUGUUGCAUGGCCAAACCCACAGAAAUAAAACCCAGAGUGAAAUAAAACCCGCCCUGACACAACUGCACUGCAAUUUUAAACGGGAUUCACAAUCGUAGGUAGCUCAACAUUUUAUAAGUAAUUUUAAGUUAUGUCUUCAGUAGACACAUUUUUCUUGUGGCAAUGAAUAAUGAGCAAUAGCACAUCAAAAUGGGUGCAGGGGUGCCAGUGUGCAAGAAAGCACUCACUGAAAAUAAGCUCAAUAACACUGUCAGGCAUUCAUAAGUUUGUUUUUGGAUAAAUUAUAAACUGUAUAUUGAAGGUUUUUUAACUGUAAAAAAGAAAACUGUUAAAUACUAGUGGAGUUUUUACACUGACUAAAGUUUCAGCAAAGUAGCGAGAAAAAUAUUGUCUAAUGUUGUUGACUUCUGCAAACAGUGCAAAGCUUUCAACUUUACAGUUACUUUUUUUCUUUGAUAAUUAAGGAUCUAGUGUUGCCAUAAUGAAAACAAGUGCCCAUUAAGUUAUGCUUGUUGUAUGAGGAAAUGUUGUUUUAAGAAUGGCAGUGAGGUAAAGUCAUAAUGUUCGCCAAAAAUGCUGAUGAAGAUGAAUUGUGAGCAGUGAUUUUAUAAGGUCUGUGCUUGAAGUACGUAUGGAAAAUGCUUGUACUGUAGUAUAGAAUGAAUCCCACAUAGUGAUAGUUUCUGAUGAAUGUACAACACUUAAGUGGAUGUUUGUGAGCAACACAGCCUUAACCCUGACGGUUUGCUUCUUUGCUUUAUGACAUGGGAAUGUUCCAUUAUGUGCAUCGUGUAUUGUAAUGUCCCUGUGCUAGAAACUUAAUUAGUAUGCUGUAUCUUUUCAAGUCCUUGGAAUGAAUGAUUUUGGUUUGGUUUUGUACAUUCCAUCUUUGUAUGCCAGUUUCAUGUUUUGUGUAAAGAAUGCUAUAAAGUCUUACACUCUCUAAAAAUGAUACCGAAGCAUCUUAGUCAUUUAUUUUUUCCCUGUCACAGUCAUACACAUCUUCUCCAAUUACAAGAAAUAUAAAUUCUGUCUAGUUAAGGCUGAGGGUGAAAGCUGUUCAUUGAAGAAUGUUUGUAUGUGGGGUUAGCUUUAUGUGUGCCAUGGUAGUUUUAAUGCUGUAUCUGACAAAGGAAGCUUUAAAACUGACUUUGUGCUGGAAUGACAGGAGACGCCAGAAUAAAAUGUGUUUUUACCAUGCACAGAACACAGAAAUAUUAAAAAUAAAAGCUGUUUCCUUUUAA